UUUGAAAUUGAUUAAUUUAUUAUAGUAAAAUAUUUAGUUGAAUUAACUAAAUAAAUCUUAUAAUUAUCAAUAUUGUUUAUUUAAUUUGCUUUUACAAUAAAAAAUUAAACCGUAUUUUUUAUUUUAGUAGAAUAAUUAAUAAUGAAAGGAAAAGAUAAAAGUGAUAUUAGACAUAAAGUAGAACAUAGCAGUAGUGGUAGAUAUGUUAUCCGUACAGAAGCUAUGAAAGAUCCUGUUGUCAGGGUACAUAUCUCAAGAGGAUACACUCCUUCAUGUGAUAAUAACCAUAAUUAUGAUAAUAUAGUAGACAAAGAAAAGCAAAAUAGAGUUAUUAAUUAGAUGUAGAGAAAGAAGAACAAAGAUAAAUUACUCGAAAAAAGUAGAUUAUAAUUAGAAUAAACUUAAAAAGAACUCGAAGCUGCUUAUGAAUAUGAUAAUAAUUAAAGUGCUAGAAAAAGUAGCAGUAAAAAGAUCAUUUUACCUAAAAAACUUGUAAAUGAUAUAAUUCUCAUAAAUGAAGAAAUACAAUAAUUUCAAAAAGAAUAAGUAAGAUCAAGAUACGAGGAGGAACUGGAGGUUGAGGAUAAUAAAAUUAGAAAAUAAUAAAGAUAAAUUACUUAAUAGUCUAUGGAAAAUGUAUAAAGGAGUCUUUAGUUAAUAAAUUCUAUCAAGGUUACUCAUGACCCAAAAGAAUAAUAAAAGCACUAAGAGUAUAUGAAAUAAAAAGUUGGUGAAAUAAAUAACAAGUUAUGGGAAAAAUAAAAGACUCUCAUAACACUUUUAAGUUAGAGAGAUGAAUUGAGAUAGAAGAUAGAAACCUUAGUUUCAAAUUAUUUUAAAGAUGAAGAGAAUGCUCGCCUUCUUUAAAUUAAUUCUCAUGUUUUGAAGUUUUUUAGAGUUAUUUUUGGUAGAGACUAUUCUAUGCGACUUAGAAUGGAUAAAAUUCUAUAAAAUAACGAUGCUGAAAUGCUCAAAAAAUAAAUACAAAAAACCAAAGAGAUAAAAAGAAAACCAAAACCUUAAGAUAUAUUUAUUCCUUAUAAUUAAUCUGAAAGAUAUAAAGAAAAGUUAGGUAACAAAAUGGAAGAUAUGUUUCUUAACACUAUCAGUGCUGGUUCAAAAACGACUACUUCUUAACUAUCACAUACUGGCAUGAUGCAUAAAAGCCUUGAUUUAAAACUUGUUCCUAUUUAUCAAGCAAAGCAUUUAGAUAUACUUGAAACAUAUUUCUAAAAAGAUGUUCUACAGCACUUGUAUGACUUUUACUUUAAUCCUAUUACUGAGAAUCUAGAAUAUUACUUUAAAUCAGAAACUUGGGAUUAGCUAUUUGAAUAGCUAAAAUAAAAUAAGCUACCAAAAGAAAAUAUAACUUUAGGAUCACCUUAGCGAAAUGAAUAACAGUUAUUUUUACCUCAAAUUAGCUCUAAUAGAUAGAGAAAUGAGCUUACAAAUUUAGAUCAAUCAGAUACAUAAAAGGCUAGUAAUUAAUAACAAAUAAAAUCUAUGAAAGCAAUUAAUAACGAAAAAAAUGAAAAACCGACUUAAUCUUUCUAGUAAAUUUAACUUGCUGAUACAAACGAAGUGCUUAAAUCAUUAGAAAAUAACUCAAGUUCAGAAAAAAGCUAGAAUGAAUUAUAUUCUAAUUUAGGUUCAAAUCAAGAAUUGCAAAAUUAAUUAUAUUCUAAAGAAUUCUAUUAAUAUCUUAGAGAGUAUAGUAUUAUUUCAGAAACUUAAAAUAAGCUUAGCAAAGAAGAAAUAUUGAAAAAAGUUGAAAGCAGAUUAGAAUAAUGCAGAGACAAACAUGAUUUUUUUGAAUAGCAAUUAGAUUUGAUAGAUAAUAGCAAUAUAGUAAAAAAGAGUUCUCAAUAAAAAAGAAAAAGUUUAUUAAAUUCAAUUAAUUUUUUGAGUUAACAGUUCCAAAAGUAAAGAGAUUCUUAAUCUAUAGAAUAAAUUAGUAAUGAAAAGAUUAAGACUCCUCCUCUCUUAAGUGUCCAUAGUAGUUUUAAAGAUAAUCAAUAACUUUAAAAAAUGCCAUUAUAAUUAGAUACUCCUACUUUAAGCAAGUAUUCAAGCAGCAAAGCUAUGAAUAAUGAACUACAGGAUCUUUAAUUAGUUCAAACUAUUUCUAAAAAAGUUAACUUUCAGAAUAAGUAAUCCUAAAGCAUAGAUACAGUAUUAGAAUAAACGCCUAUAAAUAAAGAAUAUUAGUAACAAGAUUAAUAAAAAUUACCAAAAAUAAGAACUUCCAAGUCUGUUUCUUAAAUUGGCAAGCUCAAAAAGGUAAGCCAAGAUGCUUUCAAUAAGUGCAUGGAUAAAUUAGCAAAUCAAGCUGUAAGUGAAGAAACUAAUAAAUACUUAAAUUAUGUGAAUAAGCUGUACAAAUAAUGCAAAAUAGAAUCAUAUAAGACAAAAAAGGUAAAAAAUGAGUCUAUAAAAAAGAAAAAUAUAAUAUAGAAAAAAUAUCGUAAUAUUGACAAGGAAUUUAAGAAACUUGCUUCUUUAUGA